AUGACAAUUUACUUUCUUCUUUCAGGAUUUCCAAAGUUGUUUGGUUGCGCCAUUCCUGUUGCUAAGAUCGCAAUUGGGUCUGUGUAUCUGGACGACUGUCCGGUGCAGCCCUACAUCCCCAUCUACUUGAUCGUGUCGGGGGUUAUCGGCCUGAUGCUGGCGCUGCUCACCUUUAUGCCCUUCUCCCAGAAGCCAGAGGACGGCACCAGCAACCCCAUCAAUCGAGUCUGCAUCACGUGGGACUCGCUGUUGCGCUGCUUCCUCUGCUGCUGGUUCAUUGCCGGCAAUGUGUGGAUCUACUCUAUUUACCAGCCGGAAUACACCAAGAACUCAACGAUUGUGGACGUUUACUGUGACAAGACGCUCUACCUGUUCGCCUUCUGGAUCACCACUCUGGCCUACAUCCUCUUCGGCGUGAUCCUGCUGAGCAGCUGCUGUGUCAUGGUCUGCCUCUUCUUGAGUGGCCAAGCCGACGCCGACGAAAACAUCUAG